AUGUUUAAACAUCCAACAACAUUUAAUAAUCAUCAUCAAUACCAACAACAACAACAAUAUAUGAACCAACCAUAUGGACAUGAUAUAAUAUUGGAGAGAUUGUUUCAACUGAAACAACAAUACAAAGAAUGUCAAGAUGAUUUGGAUUUGAUGAAUCAUGACAAUGAUGGUACCAGUGAAAGUAAUACUAGUGCUUCUUCUUUGACAUCUAUUGGAUCUGUCAAACAACAUGCUAAUCAAUCAUCUGGUUCAUCCUCUUCAUUUUCUUCAUCAAGUUCUUAUAGUUCAAGAUCGUCGUCGUCAUCAUCAUACUCUUCCUCUCCAUUAUUAGAGGUACCAUGCUCUGCUUUUAUUCCAUCAUCUCCCACCAUUUCACCAGUUUCUUCACCUCUCUCUUCCAUUUCAAUAGAUCAAUUGGUAGAGGAUUCAGAUAUGGAACUUUCUUCAGAAGAUAACAAGUUCACAAUAGUUCCAUUAUCGCCAGUUCACAAUCAUCACAAUUUUCAAUCCUUUAUGGAUGAACCAUCUUAUUUCCCAUCCACAUCCAAUGUACAUUUCGAGAAAACACCAUUCCAUCAACAACAACAACAACAACAACAACCAAUAUUUUCAUCAUUUACUCCACAAAAAAGAAAUAUAUUAUUUACCCAAACAACAACCUCUACAACAACAACAAAUCCAUUAUCAUCUUCACCAUCAUCGACACCACCAUCAUCUUCACCAUCAUCCUCUUUACAAAAGAAUGAUUUAGUUUUUGAAUCAAAAAUAAAUAAAACAAGAAGUAAAAAUUCAAAAUAUGGUCAAGUCGUACCACGUGUAAAUGUAUGCGUUUGUGGUUCAACCACACCAGGCAAAGGUCCAACUUGUAAGUGGAGAAAGGGACCAAACGGUGAGGUAUUAUGUAAUAGUUGUGGUCUCCAAAACAUGAAGAAACCAAAAUGUUUAUUGUGUGGUAUCGUCUACAAUUCAAAGGAGGCCAUGGCUAGCUCGAUAUCUUGGAUUAGAUGUGACGACUGUAAACAAUGGGUAAUGUCAAAGUGUGAUAGUGGAAUGGGUGAUAUUUCUCUCUAUGAUGAUUCCAAUCCAAAUCCACUCCAUUACAGUUGUCCCAAAUGUCGUACUGAUCCAAGUAAACCAAAAACUACUAGAAAUAAUCAUCGUUCAUUAUUGAAAAAUCAUUCAAAACCAAUUAACGGUAGUAGUAGUAGUAGUAGUAGUUCUCCAAAGAAACAACAACCAUUAUCUAUUAAUAAUACUCAAUCAUCAUCAUCAUCAUCAACUCUUUCACAUGAUCCUAUGUUUCAUGGUUAA